AUGAUAUCAGAGGAAGAACAAGAAAAACUUGAUGGAAUUGGAAAUAAUCAUUCACAGGUUGAAGAAGAAAAGAAGCACGAAAGUCGUGAAGUGGAAGUCCCAGACAACGAAUGUGAUGCUGCUGAUGAGAGUGGAUUAAAGAGUGGAAGAAACAGCAACCAGGAGUGUACUGCUAUGGAGAAUGAACAUUUUGAUAGUUCGAGGACUUCUUUCAGCAUUUCUUAUGAGGCGGGACUAGUGGUGAUGAACUCCGUCAGCAAUCCUGGCGUGCACGGGAAGAAAGUAAAGGAAAAGAACAAUGAUGGACGGACACCAGAAGACUGUGUGAUUGCACCAGUAUUUGAAAAGGCCAGUUCACUGACUGGUGGGCUGCUGCUCGUGAAUGAUGACAACAAAGUGGAUGAAGAUGAUGACAGGCCUGCAAGAAUACCACCAUGUGAAAAGAAGAAGGUCAAAGAACAAAUUGAUUACGUGAACCACCUGGAUGACUUACCUCAGUCGUCUGAGAAUGUUUCUGAGGAUGGCGACGUGCUUUCCUCUACGGAUUCCAUGUUGCAAGUGGAACCACUUGACUUGGGGCGAAAAGAUUCUGUUAGCUUGCUGAAAAUCCGGGAUACAAUUCUUUCGUAUGAAAGAUUAGUAGCACUUUACAAAAGCCGCUGUGAACUGCUUAGAGAAAAGAUUAAAAAAAUGGAAAGUAAGGUUAGUGGGCUACAGAAAGAGCUGUCAGAAACAAAAGAAGUGAAAUCACAGUUAGAGCAUCAGAGAGUGGACUGGGAACGAGAGUUCGGCAGGUUGAGGUUCACCUUAAAACAAGAGGAAGAGAAUAGAAGAAAUGCCAAUCUGUUAUAUGAAACAAUGAGGGAGCAGUUAAGAAGGAAAGAAGACGAACAUAGUAAAGAAGUUGAAGUGACAGAGCGACUAGCACUCACUUUCCGAGCACUGGAAAUGAAACUGAAGAUGGACAGAAAUCCUCUGAAUCAGGUUUCUGAUAGCUGUGAAGCUGCAAAAGCCCUGUUGCUCAAAAACCACAUGCUGCAGGAUGAAAUAGCCAUGCUAAGACUGCAAAGAGACGCAGUGAAAAAUCAGCACCGGGAAAAGGAAGAGAACUAUUUUGAGGACAUUGAAAUUCUCAAAGUAAAGAACGAUGAUCUUCAAAAGGCAGUAAAAUUGACUGAGGAAACGUUAACACAGACUGUAUCCCACUGUACAGGCCAGCUUAAUGCUCUGACAGCUGAGAAUACAAUGCUAAACUCGAAGCUGGAGAACGAAAAAGAAAGCAAACAAAGACUGGAAACGGAAGUGGAAUCCUACCGUUCUAGACUGGCUGCUGCCUUACACGAUCAUGAUCAAGGUCAGACAUCAAAAAGAGACCUGGAACUUGCCUUCCAGAGAGCAAGAGAUGAGUGGUUAUGCUUGCAGGACAAAAUGGAGUCCAAUACGGCUCAUCUAAAAGAUAACAAUGAGAUGCUUUCCCAGCAACUGUCUGCAGCGGAAGGUGAAUUCAAUAAGCUGAAAAUCAAGCUGCAUCACACGACAGAUGAUUUGAGAGAAAAGACUUUGAUGUUAGAACGUGUCCAGAGAGACCUAAGCCAAGUAGAGUGUCAAAAGCAGGAAAUUGAACACAUGUAUCAGAAGGAACAAGGCAAAGUGAGUAAAUAUAUUGGAAAGCAGGAAUCCUUAGAGGAGAGAUUAUCUCAACUCCAGAGUGAAAACAUGUUGCUUCGACAGCAACUGGAUGAUGCACAAAAGAGAGCCGACAGUAAGGAGAAGACGGUCAUUAGCAUCCAAGACCAGUUUCAGCAGAUCAUGAGAAAACUUCAGGCUGAACAUGAGAAACAAGGUCUGAUUCUGGAGGAAAGAAACAAGGAGUUAAUCAACGAAUGUAAUCAUUUAAAAGAGAGAAUGCAUCAGUACAAAAAUGAGAAAGCAGAAGGAGAAGCACUUGUGAGACAACUUCGACAAGAACUGGCUGACACCGUAAAAAAGCUGCCUAUGUCGGAUGCUUCGCUGAAAGGCGUGUCAUGGUGUCAUGCUAUCUUAGAAGCGGAGGCACUGGACUUAAAGAACAUAUUUAAACUGCAACUGUGCCAACUCACAAGUCAGACACAAGCUGGAUCUCAACAGCUGGACCUCAGAAUUAAAGACUUGGAAUCUCAAGUCCUCAAAAUGCAAACUUUGCAAGAAGAUUCUCAUAAAGCAGCGUUGGAACAAUAUAAGCAACUCUACCUAGCAGAAUGUGAAAUGAGAAAGUCAUUGGAAGAUAAACUAGACAAGUUUCAUGACAGGCUGGCAGAGAUCAGCACCAAACUUGAGGUGGAGAAACAGCAGAACAGAUCUUCAUUCAGGACUCUUAGCAUGAGGCCAGUCCUGGAGCCCCCUUGUGUUGGAAAUUUCAAUAAUCCUUUAGUGCUCCAUGGAAGUCUUACUCCAAGAGCAAAUGUAGGGUUCUCUACCUCAAUUCCACACCGUUCAGAUGACAGCGUGGAGACUUACUUGACCAAGAUGCAGCGGGAGUUGGACAGGAGUAUAGCUAGAGGAAUAAGAGAAGCUGAUGCUCAGUUUGCAUCUGAUGCCUUUAGAUUGUCUUCUCGAGGCUCUGCAGAUGAGUCAGAUGUGUGUGAUGACCUACUUUUGUAA